CGAGCAGUCCCUAAUUGCGCUUCUUCAGAUAGUUAGCCGGUUAGCUUUCUAACCGUCGGCUCGGUAGCUGCCCGUUAAUGUUUGAGCUGUCUAGCAGUACGUUUCAGUCUUAGUUGUAGCCUAGCUAACUGGAUAAUUAUUUAAUGGGACCAAAUGGUCUGCCUGGCUCGUAUUAUCGUCUGAACUUCUGACCAACUAACCGGCUGUCAGUCAAGCUCAGACUGUUGUCUCCUUAUUUAUCCAGAGAUUUGGGCUGCGGUUACUAUAAUGACCAUUUCUGUUUAAAUAGUAUGAACGUAACGUGAGAAAUGCCGCUAAAUAUUCAUCCGAUUGGGGACUCCUAGUUUGCUCUCUGUAGCUGCAGCUCUUAUAACUGCUGAUAAGCAGGGAGGCUGUGGUGCGUGUUUUUCUGGACACGGCUAGUUUUUAAAAAGUUUGGCUCUGGAGGUUAACGGUGCACGAUCGAUCGAGAUGCGUCCAUCACAUACUGAGAUACGGGCUCCAUGCGUUAAUUACCAAGCUGGCUUUCUCAUACUGUAGCUGAAAAUACCAGGAACAGCAGAGUCCUGUGUUAUACAGCGCUUAGUAGAGAUACUCUCGGUAAUGCCAUCUACAGAAGAGCCUGCGUUAAGAUACAUCACUGGGAAUCAGUUGUACAGAGUACAGGAAGGCCUUCUCACAGCUGGUGGAAGCGCUAAUCCCAGGAAGACACGUGCGUGAGAAAGAAGGGCUCUGAUCACUUUUCUCCGAGGACAACCUUAUCGAAGCUUCCGUUCCGGAGCGGCAAGGGGGAGACUCUACAGAUGUACCGUUUAAGGACCUGCGCUGUGCGGCUCUGCCCACUCACGCCUCCCAAGCAUGCCCGGAGCGCUUCCCGCCAGAGGCUGGCAGUGGGCUCGGCCCAAAGGACGUUUCAGCUAAUCAGGUGCUACGCGGCACCCGUCUCCACCAAGCCCUUCCUCAGUGGCAGUAGCUCCAGCUAUGUGGAGGAGAUGUACUGCGCAUGGCUGGAGAACCCCAAGAGCGUGCAUGAGUCUUGGGACAGCUUUUUCCGCCAUGCCAACGCAGGUGCCACCCUGGGCACGGCCUACCAGAGUCCGUCUGCCCUGGGCGUGAGCCUCUCUGCUCUGCCUCAGCCCAGCGUGGAGAAGCUGGUGGAGGACCACCUGGCUGUGCAGACCCUCAUCCGGGCGUACCAGAUACGUGGGCACCACAUUGCCCAGCUGGACCCCUUGGGGAUUAUGGACGCCGAUCUCGAUUCAUGCGUCCCCACAGACAUUAUCACGUCUUCUGAUAAACUUGGUUUUUAUGGCCUAACCGAGUCACACCUGGACAAGGUGUUCCGACUCCCUAAAACAACCUUCAUCGGAGGCAGCAAGGCCGCCUUGCCUCUCCGGGAGAUCAUCCGCCGCCUCGAGAUGGCAUACUGUCAGCACAUUGGUGUGGAGUUCAUGUUUAUCAACAACCUGGACCAGUGCCAGUGGAUCAGGCAGAAGUUUGAGAAGCCUGGUGUCAUGCAGUUCACCCUGGAGGAGAAAAGGACGUUGCUAGCCCGCAUGGUCCGUGCCACCAGGUUUGAGGAGUUCCUGCACAGGAAGUGGUCAUCAGAAAAGCGAUUUGGAUUAGAGGGUUGUGAAUCGCUCAUACCAGCACUGAAGACCAUCAUUGACAAGUCCAGUGAGAAUGGCGUGGACAGCGUCAUCUUGGGCAUGUCCCACAGAGGUCGCCUUAAUGUGCUGGCUAAUGUCAUUCGUAAAGAACUGGAGCAGAUCUUCUGUCAGUUUGACCCCAAGCUGGAGGCUGCAGAUGAGGGAUCCGGAGACGUGAAGUACCAUCUGGGGAUGUAUCACAGGCGGAUCAACCGCGUGACCGACCGCAACAUCACCCUGUCGCUGGUGGCCAACCCCUCUCACUUGGAGGCCGUUGACCCUGUGGUGCAGGGCAAGACCAAGGCUGAGCAGUUCUACUGCGGAGACACUCAAGGCAAUAGGGUGAUGUCUGUUCUGCUUCAUGGUGACGCUGCAUUCGCAGGUCAGGGCAUCGUGUACGAAACCUUCCAUUUGAGCGACCUUCCCUCCUACACGACUCACGGCACGGUGCAUGUGGUCGUCAACAACCAGAUCGGCUUCACCACGGACCCACGCGUGGCCCGCUCCUCCCCCUACCCCACGGACGUGGCCCGGGUGGUCAACGCUCCCAUCUUCCACGUGAACACCGACAACCCCGAGGCUGUUGUAUAUGUGUGCAACGUUGCCGCCGAGUGGCGGGCCACCUUCCACAAAGACGUGGUGGUGGACCUGGUGUGUUACCGGAAGAACGGCCACAACGAGAUGGACGAGCCCAUGUUCACGCAGCCGCUGAUGUACAAGCAGAUCAAGCAGCAGAAGGCCGUGCUGCAGAAGUACGCGGAGAAGCUGAUGGCGGAAGGAGCCGUCAGCAGACAGGAGUACGAGGAAGAGAUCGCCAAAUACGACAAGAUCUGUGAGGAAGCUUAUGCUCGCUCCAAAGACGAGAAAAUCCUUCACAUCAAACACUGGCUUGACUCGCCCUGGCCUGGUUUCUUCACUCUGGACGGCCAGCCGAAGAGCAUGAGCUGCCAGUCCACGGGGGUGGAGGAGGAGGAGCUCGCCCACAUUGGCGGAGUGGCAUCAUCCGUGCCUGUCAAGGACUUCACCAUCCAUGGAGGUCUGACGCGGGUCCUGCGGGGCAGGGGGGCCCUGGUGGCGAGGCGGGCCGCAGACUGGGCUCUGGGAGAGUACAUGGCCUUCGGAUCGCUGCUGAAACAGGGCGUCCACGUGCGUCUCAGCGGGCAGGACGUGGAGCGCGGCACCUUCAGCCACCGCCACCACGUGCUGCAUGACCAGAACGUGGACAAGAGGACGUGCAUCCCCAUGAACCACAUUGCCCCGGACCAGGCCCCGUACACCGUGUGCAACAGUUCCCUGUCUGAGUACGGCGUGCUGGGUUUUGAACUUGGCUUUGCGAUGGCGAGCCCCGAUGCCCUGGUACUCUGGGAGGCGCAGUUUGGAGACUUCCACAACACUGCCCAGUGCAUCAUCGACCAGUUCAUCUGCGCUGGCCAGACCAAGUGGGUGCGCCAGAAUGGCAUCGUCCUGCUGCUCCCCCAUGGGUUGGAGGGAAUGGGUCCCGAACACUCUUCAGCUCGUCCCGAGCGCUUCCUUCAGAUGUGCAACGACGACCCUGACGUGUGUCCCACCCUCACGGGUGACUUGGCCAUGCAGCAGCUGUACGACUGUAACUGGAUUGUGGUGAACUGCUCCAGUCCGGCGAACUAUUUCCAUGUGCUAAGGAGACAGAUCCUCCUGCCCUUUCGCAAGCCGCUCAUAAUCUUCACGUCCAAAUCCCUAUUACGCCACCCGGAGGCCAUGUCUAGCUUUGACGAUAUGCUACCAGGCACAUACUUCAGGCGUUUGAUUCCAGAGGAGGGCACGGCGUCCCACAAUCCCGCUGGAGUGAAGCGCAUCGUCUUUUGCACAGGGAAGGUUUACUAUGACCUGGCCAAAGAGCGCAAAACCAAAGGCCUGGAGGAGACUGUGGCCAUCACACGCAUUGAACAGCUCUCCCCUUUCCCAUUUGACCUGGUGAAGCCGGAGCUUGAUAAGUACCAGCAGGCGGACCUGGUGUGGAGCCAGGAGGAGCACAAGAACCAAGGCUACUACGACUACGUCAGACCACGCAUCUGCAGCACCAUCGACCACACCCGUCCCGUGCGGUAUGCCGGACGUGAACCAGCUGCCGCUCCGGCCACUGGGAACAAGAAGGCCCACCUCGUGGAGCUGAAGCGUUUCCUGGACACAGCGUUCAACCUGGACGCCUUCCAGGACCAGCCCUAAACACUUCCUCUACCCCAGACGCCCCAGUGCCCCCCCUACAAGGUACAUCCCUUUAGCCUUAAAGACGCCGCCGUCCGGAACACACUGGACGCUGCCUCCCCAAAGCCUCCUCUGAUACUGAGGCCCAAGUUCGUCUAAAGAACAUUGGGGAGGCAGAGCAGAUGUUCCAGAUGGGCAGUAUCAGUGGACACUGACUGCAUGUGUUUACGAUUUUUGAUAGCUGCAACGUUCCAUGAAGUAUGAUAGACAUUUGGCAACAUGCAGUUUAACGAUGCUAGCAGACAAACCCUGCACAAGCCCCUUUGGUACCUUGCGCUGUUUCUGGAAGACUUCAAUGCUUUUAAUGUGUUUGGGGGCAGUUCUUUCUUUUAAAAUCACUGUUUACAUAUCAAAGCACAGAAACAAAAACAAUGGAAGGUUUCCAAACCUGGUCGGAUGCGCUCUCAUCUCUAGCCUGGAGGACACGUCCAACUUCUGAGGAUGUGCAGCGGAUGAGCUGGCUAGCUUUCACACGAGGGCGUAAAGCAAUGGACAGUGUUUUUAUUCAGACAAUUCUGCAGAUGAUGAUGAAGGUUUUGUGCUUGCAGAGAGUGAUUUUAGAUUAUACGCUUCACUGUGAUCUGGAAACAAGGCCGGCAGUCCAGCAGGUCCCCAGUGUGGAUCAGGUAAUAAUUCAGGUGCUGAAGAGGAGGGAGGAUGACGGGGACCCUCACCUCCUCCUGAUGCGCAUGUCUGACCUCAGUGCCAAAAACACUGCAAACGUUCAGGAGAACUUCAAGCAAAUGCCAUAAGAUGAAAUAUUUUAUUCUUUUGUAAUUUGUCAAUACAAGAUAAGGCUGCACACCCAGCUGAUCUCUGCAGGACAAACAGAAGGGAUAUUUGCUUACUAAACUAUCAUAAUCCUUCAUUCAGUAAAGGCAUUCUCUUCAUUCAAGUUGUUUGCCCUUACUGGCUCACAACUGUUCACAACUUUCACAAUGAAAGACUUUAAUUUCCAGUUAUAAAAAUGUAAUCAUGAUGAUGCUUUAUUAAAGGAAUAAGCAUGCUG